AUGGACGACCUUCCAUUUGCGAAAGUCGUCCGUUUCAUGGUCAUCAGCCUCAAGGAAGUUCAGUGGCGAGAUCCACGUCGUCUGUGGUUCUCGCCAGAGCACCCGAUCACCCAAGGCUAUGUGGUAGACCUUUGGAACCGCGUUGCCCAGUGGUUGGUAGAUCUUCUCAAGCUGGGAAUUGUAGAGACACUCAUGGACGUCAUUCUUCGACACUCCCUCACCACACGAAGCUCUGACGCCCGUGUCAUGUUGCAGCAGCUGGAUGACAUUGGAGUGGACGAUGAAGUCGAUGAGGCCGUUCUGAAAGAGCGAGCUGCCUGUGAGAUUUCAAUAAACCAUAUCCUCGACCAGCACGAGAUGAUAUGGCCACUGACCAAGGCCCUGGACAUGUGGGUCACGUCGCAGCAGGAGGGGUCGACGCUCAGCGUUGGCCAGCGAAUCUUGCUUGCGGAAUCAAUUUGGCGCCGAAGGGUCGAGACAAAUUGUACUUUGGGUGUCACGGAGUGGGCUGAUUCCGCCCGUGCUAAGUUCGGCAACUAAUCUGUCUCAGACGGAAGGGAUCUCCUCACAAGCUGCUCAUUCUACGAACCGCGCACCAACAAGACAUGAUGGA